AUGGAAGCUCAAGAAAGUGACAGAUGGCGACAAUUUUGCAUACAGUACGCAAAGUCAGUCGCUUUCAAAUUCGCGGAAAGUUGGCACCAAUAUUCAACAAGUGUUGGUAUCGCUGAAAGCAACGUCUCCGCUUCGGAUAUCGUUCAGCAAUUUACUAAUACCUUAACUGAGGAAUUGACAGAAAGGCUGACAACUCCGAACGUCAUUCUUCCUGUAACUACCUUUCUUCAAGCAAAUGUUUCAUCCAGUCGCACAGCUCCUGAUAAUGUCAACUACCGUGAGCGUCCAUGUGAUUGGAGAUCUCUGAACGAAUAUGAACGACCAGCUAGCAUCGCCGAUAUCACCUGGUUGUCACGGUCGAGAUCUGAGAUGGUAUCACAGGCAGACUCAUUAAUUCAGCAUCAGUCGGCACCCUCCAAUUCUAGUCGGCCAUCCGCCAAGCGAAUUUCUUGGUUUCGGUCACAUUUUCAAGCGAAAACAACAGUUGAAUUGAUUCGGGAAGGCAAUGUAAGAUAUAUGAGUGGUUUGGAACUUGAAACAAAGCAGUGGCGGAAAUGCAGGCUAUGUCUUGUCAAAACGGCUGGAGGAUAUCUUUUGGAGUUCUAUUCGCCACCAAAAAGUAGUCGAGCGAAAUCGGGAAUCUUUUGCUUUCUGAUAAUGGAAGUCAGGGAAACAACACCGUUAGAGUUUGAGGAAGGAAACGAAUCGAUAUUUGCUAUUCGUGGAUAUAAUAAUGUGGAAUAUGUAAUCGGGGCGAGGAAUCCGGAUGAAUGUCAACAGUGGCUAGCAGUGAUACGAGGUUGUGUGUCGGAGAACGAUCCAAAUUCUAUUCAUAGGUUCGUUCGACAACCGUCUGCACCACCAGUUGGCUCAAAUUUUCUCCGUAAUCGACAAUUUUUCUCAACAAGAUCAUUAAAUAAUGUGCAUUCAAUGGUAUCAACGGGGAUGGAAGCACGAAUCCCGGUAAGAACAGUGCGUGGUUCUGUACCGGGACUGGAGAUCUAUCCAUGGUUUCAUGCGCGUUUGUCUCGCAGUGUAAGUGCACGAUUAGUGCUUCAUAAUGGAGUUGAUGGACAUGGCUUAUUUCUUGUACGUCAGAGUGAAACACGCCCUGGCGAAUUUGUAUUGACAUUCAACUGUCAAGGAAAAGCUAAGCACGUACGGAUUGUGAUGAUGCCUGAUGGAGAGUGUCGCAUUCAUCAGAUGAUUUUCGAAACAAUGGUUGAUCUUCUGGAAUAUUUUCGAGACAAUCCGAUACCUCUCGAAAGUUCGUCCACUCCACCUAUACUUCUCAACGAAUAUGUUAUUUGUUGGCGCCGACGAUCAUUAGCAUCGCUUGAUCUAGAUGUUCGAGAUUUUUUGACAUACGCUGGCUCAGUUCGACUAGAUAUUCGUGCACUGGAAGAUCUUGUACGACAGGAACAAAACGGUCGUCUGCAUCGGAAUACAACACUUAACAAUAGUUAUCGCUAUCAAUGA